AUGGAUACUUCCCCCUAUGCCCCAAUACUCCAGGCGCUUUUAUUGGCAAAGGUUAUCAGUGAAGAGCGUCUAAAGGACAUAAUGCCCUCCUUUCGUUCUGAAAACGUUUUGUUCGUUGACAUGGUGGCAGAGGUAAAUGUGCUCUUGCGUGACUUUGACCUUGAACUUGCGUCUGUGGAGGACCAUUGGACCGGAGAUUGCUAUUAUGGGAUUAUUUUUGGCUUUCUAAUCAAGGGUACUGUUGUUGAAGUCUAUUUUAGAAAUGGCUACAUUACUAUAGGGCCCCGUACUCUCAUGGAGCUAAAGGGGUAUCUUCUGGCGCAGUUUCCUGGGGCCAUAAGAGAAUGUAUGCAUUGUGGCGAGAUUGUAACUGUCGGGGUCUCUUGCCCCAACCAAGAUUGCUUGUCGCGGAUGCACAGAAAGUGUUUCAAUAUCCAGGCGCAAAUGUCUCUUGUUAAGCGAACCAAUAGGCAGCAGUCCUCUCUAGUUUGUUCGGCAUGCGACUCGCCGAUUCCAAUUCCAGCAGCAGUUGAAAAUUAA